GCCAGCCAGCCUGUGUCAGUUGCGGCAGGGUCUGUAGCCUCUCCUCUUCUCUGGGCGGUUCCAGGCUGAGAGAGACGUUUGGGAGGAAAGCUCACCAACAAAACUGUAAGCCCGGACACAAACAUGGCGCCUGCCUCCGCCGACAACUUCAGAUGAAAGUGUGGCGAAGAAGUGGCCAGCAAAGUUUCGCAGGAGUAUUUCGGAGUGGCUUUUUUUUUUUUUUUUUGCGCGCCGUCCUGGUUGAGCCUGUUUCGGUUUGCACAGCUAGAAAUACGGAAUAUAUCGGGCGGGCAAAAACAGCAAGUUGCCUACAUGUCAACAUUGUCUCCCGCUGCAGUGUAAACAGCUGGUACACCCAGCCAUGAUUGAGGACAAGGGUCACCGUGUGACUGAUUACUUUGUGGUGGCUGGGCUGACAGACAAGUCCACGCCCUUGGAGCAGGAUCUGUCAGAGACCAAGUCCUGCGGGCCCAAAGCGCCCAUCACAGACUUGGCCGUCAUUAACAGGUCGGCAGGAGAAACGGUGCCUGAGGGCUUCACUUGUAUCGACAGCACCUACAGCGGCCAGCCAGCCAACCUAAAUCAUGGCAGUCUUAAGAGCCCCGAGCUGUUCCUGUGCUACAGGAGGGGUCGAGGGAAGCCUCCUCUCAUUGACAUUGGGGUUCUGUACGAGGGCAAGGAGCGUUUGAUCCAGGGCUGCGAGGUCAUCCAGGCCACACCGUACGGCCGCUGCGCCAACGUCAACAAUAGCUCGGCCACCUCGCAGCGCAUCUUCAUCACCUUCCGCCGAGCGCCACCCGUCCAGCCUCAGAAUUCCCUGGCGGUGACAGACAUUUGCGUCAUUGUCACCAGCAAGGGUGAGACGCCACAACAUACCUUUUGCAAAGUGGACAAGAACCUCAACUGUGGCAUGUGGGGCUCCAAUGUGUUCCUGUGUUACAAGAAAUCAGUAUCUGCGUCCAAUUCCAUCAGUUACAAAGCUGGUCUCAUCUUUCGUUACCCAGAAGAGGACUAUGAGUCUUUUCCUCUGUCCGAAUCUGUCCCUCUGUUUUGUUUGCCUAUGGGUGCCAAGAUCGAGUGUUGGGCACCAAACACACGCGAUCCUCUGCCCGUCUUCUCCACGUUUGUCUUAACCAUCUCAUCUGGUGAAAAGGUGUAUGGAUCAGCCAUCCAGUUCUAUGAGCCAUAUUCAGUGGAUUUGCUGAGCGAGAAGCAGAAGAUCCACCUGGGCCUGCUCACCACAGUGGAGAAGAAGAUGAUCCCUAAUCGGCCUGUAACUACCAAUAAAUGCAUCUGUCUGCUCUCCCGUUGGCCUUUCUUUGAGUCCUUCCGCAAGUUCCUGAUGUUCCUCUACAAACUCUCUGUCUCAGGCCCGCAUCCGCUGCCUAUUGAAAAGCACAUCUCACACUUCAUGCACAAUGUGUCAUUUCCUUCCCCUCAAAGGCCCAGAAUCUUGGUCCAGCUUUCGGCACAUGAUACCUUGAUCCUCUCCCAGCCUGUGUGUACACCUUUACCCCUCAGUGGGGCAGACUACGGCACUCUCCUGAUGAAUCUUGGCUCAGAGAACUGCGCCACACUGCUGCACUUUGUCCUUCUGGAGAGCAAGAUCCUGCUGCACUCGCUCCGGCCCGCUGUGCUCACUGGAGUGGCCGAGGCUGUGGUGGCUAUGAUCUUCCCCUUCCAGUGGCAGUGUCCCUAUAUCCCCCUGUGCCCACUCUCUCUAGCAGACGUCCUCAACGCUCCUUGUCCAUUCAUAGUGGGUGUGGACUCCCGCUACUUUGACCUUUACGACCCCCCGCCAGAUGUUGUCUGUGUGGAUCUGGACACCAACACUAUCUACCUGUCUGACGAGAAGAGGCACAGCAACUGGAAGAACCUCCCAAAGAAGCCCUGCAAGGGCCUCAUUAACUCACUGAGCAACUUGCACCACCAGCUGGCCACUGUUUCAGUGCAUCAAACAGCAGAGGAAGGUUCCGCAGUUGACAUGACCCCCAUCGAGGCGGACUUCACCUGGCAUAAGAAGAAGACGGCCCUGGAGAUGGAAAUCCAGGAGGCCUUUCUGCGCUUCAUGGCCUCCAUCCUGAAGGGCUACCGCUCCUACCUCAAACCCAUCACCCAGGCACCUUCCGAAAAGGCCACAGCUGCAGACUCUCUCUAUGACCUACAAGGGUUUCUCAAAAGCAGAGACCGUGCCCACCAGAAGUUCUACUCCCAGCUCACCAAGACCCAGAUAUUCAUCCGCUUCAUCGAGGAGUGCACCUUUGUCAGUGACAAGGACACCGGUUUGGCCUUUUUUGACGAUUGCGUCGAAAAGCUUUUUCCCUCUGAUAAAAUCACCGACAAGGGUACCAAGGUUGAAGGAGAGUCAUCAGAAGACACAAAACUUCUGGAGCUGGAUGAGUCUCAAAAGAGUGAGCACACUGUGUUCGUUAUGCCCCCUGAACCUCCAGCUGACGAUGGACAUGACCCCGCUACUCGAUACACCUAUAAAGGUUUCCCCAGAUUGCAAAUGGAUCUGUUUGACCGUCCAAGAGUGUUACGACCAGCACUCAGCAGCAGAGCAGCAGGGGCCAGUUUGUCCAGCAGCCCUGCACUGCUGGCAAAGAGGACGAAGCAGGAGAUCAAGCUGGCCUACAAGAUGGCGAAGCGUUUCUACUCCAACCCUCCGCUGUGGGCCCGCUGUCUGUUCAGUCACUGCUACAGCCUGUGGUUCAUCUGCCUGCCAGCAGCCGUGCGGCUGGCCAAGUCUAAAAGCCGUGCCAUGCAGCAGGCUUACAACGUCCUCCUGAAGAUGAGGACCACUGAGGUGGAGGUGCUGGAUGAGGUGUGUUACAGAGUGGUAAUGCAGCUCUGUGGUGUGUGGGGUCUUCCUGUUAUGGCUGUGCGAGUCCUGGUUGAGAUGAAGAAAGCUGGAGUACAUCCCAACGCCAUCACAUAUGGAUAUUACAACAAGGCUGUCUUAGAGAGCCCAUGGCCAAGCCGAAACCGCAGCGGCCUCUUUAUGUGGACCAAGCUUCGUAAUGUGCUUCGAGGAGUGACCCAGUUCAAGCACGCUCUAGACCGAACAACGACCACGAAGGGUCCCACACUUAGUACCACAGCUGCAUCCUUAGGAGGAUCAGCAGUCACUGACGCUGACCGCUUGAGUCACGGAAGUGCUGACAGCUCGAAUGAGGUUAACGGUGAGGAACAUAACCUAUUUCCCCACGGCCACAGCAUGGAAGACACGACAGACAUCCACUGUAGUACAGGGAGGCAGUCGGAUCAGGGCUACGGCUCCAAAGAUGAGUUACACCAGGAGCUGGCAGAGCCUUCACAUAAAGCUGUCCUUUCUGCUGAAGAGAGAAACAAUGCCAAAGCACAGCAUAAUGGAGGUGACAUUGCUGGCUCAGUGGACAGUGCAGUAGCAGUAGCAGAGCCCCCCAGUCCUGUAGAUGUGCCCUCACCUGUGCCUAGUAUUGUGAAGCUGUCCACAGGGAGCUUUGAUGGUGAAACAGGUGCAGGAAAGCUGUUCAGGAGACAAAGCAAGAAUGAUAACGUGUCCCUCCCUGAUGAUGAUGCCUCACUUGCAUCAGGGGAUGUAGCCAACCAGCCUCAACAGCAGCGGCAGAAAUCCUUUGCCGAGCGCAGCUGUAGCUUCAGUGCUGAAACCCGCGCUGGAAUGCUCCUAGAGAAAGGCGUGGACCACAUGGCCAGCCAGAUGGGCGCUGAUGCUCGUAUCCUUACCGCAGCGCUCUCUGCCGGCCAAAGUCCACCCUCCAGCAGUGUGUCCAAAGCACUUUUUAAGGAUCUGGAGGAAGAGCCUGAAGAUGAUCGGGGCUUGAUAAUUGGGAAACUGCCAGUGGAAGAGGGGCCGGGAGCCCCAGAAAAAGGGACGGGGGAUGUUAAAGAUGUGGAGGGAACUGAGGCAAAAAUGGAAAUACAAGAGAGGAAGCAAACUGAAGCACAGGAGGAUGAGUCUGGGGUGCGAGUAGCGACUCUGGAGAGGGCAGAUGUGGAGGUGGGUGCUGACCCACUUUCCCUCCUGGUGUCAGAGAACGAAGAGUCGGCCUCUGUUACAAGCCAGGAGCCAGCACGCUCCAUGCCUGCUGUUGUGUCCCGCAAUCUGGCCGAGGAGAUUGAAAUGUACAUGAGCCUGCAAACCCCUCUAGGUGUCAAGUCCUCCAGCAUGGAGCUGCAGCAGUCCCAGGCAGACCCCACUGACGCCCCACAGCCCAAACAGCCCAUGGAGCGCAGGUCCAGCCUUCCUGUGCCUCCUGUCAAAACUCAAAUUAGCUCUCCAGGCGACACACCCAAACGUAGUCCCAACACUGUUACUCGCUCCAAGACAUUUGCUGCAAAGACAAAGACCCCCGCCGCCACCACGGCUAGCCCAGGUGCUAGAUCUUCCUCACUGACGGCGCUGGUCAAGUCCUCACAGGGAGGGUCUCUUGGCUCAGUCAUAAACUCCAUUUCAGGCAUCAAGAUGGACACUCUGUUGUCAGGACCUAAAAUUGAUGUGCUAAAGUCUGGCAUGAAGCAGGCGGCAAAUGUAGCCAGCAAAAUGUGGGGGGCAGUGGCAUCAGCUUACUCCUACUCAGAUGAUGAGGAUGAACAAGCUCAGGGGGGUGGCGGCUUCCCAGCGCAUCUGGAUGAACACAUGUUGGCUGCGCAUGAUGUAGAUGAGAGUCCUGAAAGAGGGGCCAUCCCAGGUUUGGUUUCCAAUGGUUUGAACCAGAGCUGCACCAGCCUGGGCAGCAGCAGUGGCAGCAGUGACACAGGCCGAGGGACCCACCAGACACAUCCAACGCCAGGACGAGCAGGCAGGGGUCCGGACUCUGAGCAAAGCUCCUCACAUCACGCUUCCUCCUCGAGCAUCUACCAAAACUGUGCAUUGGAGGUGCUGAUGUCAAGUUGCUCCCAGUGCCGCUCCUGUGAAGCUCUGGUGUACGAUGAGGAGAUCAUGGGGGGCUGGACAGCCGACGACUCCAACCUAAACACCAACUGUCCUUUCUGUCGCACAGCCUUCCUUCCCUUAUUGCACGUCGAGUUUCAUGACUUGCGCACAAUCACCGGGUUCUAUAUGAAUCCCAGUGCCUCAGGAGACAGUAUCCACAGCACCAGUACCCAUCCCACAGCCAGCAGUUCAGCUGACAUUAAGACACCGGACCUUAUCGCUUUCCCUGAAGAGGAGCCUAGGGAGACUCCAGAUAAUCAUCCUGGAACACAUAAGAGUCUGAUUCCAGAGCCAGUGCAGUCAGACCCUCUGGGUCUACUGGAGCACCACGCGGCAGGGAAGCAGCAGAAAUGCAGUGGGACGUCACUGACACGCAGCAACAGUGUCGGAGGUCCACUGCAGAGCCUGGACUACUCCCAGAGACCUGGGCAUGGUGUCUCCACAACCAGCCUGCCCUCCAGCCUGCAAGAGGUGUCGGAUGGCAUGGGGUCCAAACGGCCAAACCCCAAGCCCUUGUCCGUACCGUACCUAAGCCCUUUGGUGCUACGCAAGGAGCUGGAGACCCUGUUGGAGAAUGAGGGGGAUCAGGUGAUCUACACACACAAGUUCCUUAGCCAGCACCCCAUCAUCUUCUGGAACCUGGUGUGGUAUUUCCGUCGCUUGGACCUGCCCACACACUUACCCGGUCUCAUUCUUACCUCUGAACACUGCAACAAUGGAGUACAGCUGCCCCUGACAACACUGUCCCAGGACAGUAAGCAGGUAUACGUCCAGCUCCUGUGGGACAACAUCAACCUGCACCAGGAACCUGGACACCCCCUCUACCUACUGUGGAGGACCUUAUUGGAGAAGAAGGGGACAUUGGCUCCAACAGACCACCAGGAGAUUCGUAUCCUCCUCAACACAAUUGUUCGCAACAUCCAGACCAACGACGUCUACGGACCAAUCAACCUGUUGAUCCGGGAGAUCAAACGGCGCCCAGAGGGUGUCAAACGGCAAAGGAGUAUCUAUAGAGAAAUACUGUUUCUUUCACUGGUGGCCUUGGGACGGGAGAACAUCGAUGUGGAGGCCUUCGACAGGGAGUACCGCCUGGCUUACGACGAACUGAGCGCAGAGCAACUCAAGUCUUUGCACCGCUUCGAUCGACCGCCCACCCCCAGCGUCCAGUGGUGCCUUAAAUGCUUUGGAACCCCUUUCAUCUGACCACCGGCACCUGCAGCAAAGAUGGUCAUGUGUAACAGCAGGAGGGAAGGAUCGGUUGGUGGCCUGGUGUGAGCAAAAAAUUUUGUAAUAAAACACCUCCAAUUGUCCAAUUAUGGUACUUCUUCUUCCCCCUGUCUUGGAAGAUGCCCAUUGUCUGCCUUUUUUUUUUUUUUUUUACUACCUUAUUGAGCUUUUCAUCGGUUUUCCAAGCAGCUACCUACAAGUGGGACUGUUUCUGUUAUCUGCUUGGAUAGUAGCAGAGAAUCUUUUGGGACUAUCUGAGGUGUGUUUCUUUACAGAUGACGUAGAGAAUGAUUAAUCACUGUACAGACUGUGUACACUGCCCCCAUGGUUUGGAUAUAUCUACUGUGCGUGCGUGCGUGUGAGUGAGAGAGUGAGAUCAUGGCGUCAGUUCCCUGUGUCGUAGCCUUUUCCCCACUUAGCUUAAAUCUGUCCUAACUAUCCCCAGAUUAGAUCAGUGUGAGUUGUUUGAGACUGUGUACAGACCCCAACUGUUCCUUUCUGCACUUUCUAAAACAAACAAACAAAACAAAACAGUAACUCAAGUCCACCUCUCUUUUUGUACAUAUUUUUUACUUGAGGGAAAUCUGAAACCAGGGUUGCCUAUUUUUUGGAGGGAAGAAGUCUUGGUGCCUUGACUGUUUGUGUGAUCCAAGUCUCAUUGAAUGUUUCAUUGUAUAUGUGCAGGUUCAGAGUGUGGCUCUCUGUCUGCAUAAAUACAUGUUGGUAGCAGAAAUGGGAAAAGACUGUCAAUGACAAUCACUAGUUUUAAUCACUAAAACUGAUUCACAACAUUCCACAUUCCCUGCAAUCAAAAGAGGUCUUAAAGAAGUAUUGUUCUCUGCAACAGCACUCACCCACAUGUGAUUUAAACCUGCGAUUUGGAGAGAGAGGGAGAUCAUUAAAAGAAAUCCAUCAAUCCUAAGUAAAAAGGCGUGCCAAGCUACUGACUCCCACACAUUAGAAUAAGACCCACGUUGCCUUGCAGGGAAAGACAAACAGUCCAGCUUGUGUUUUUAAUAACUGCGUUUUUUUAACAGUAGCUCACUGUACUUGUUCAGCUAAUAUGCCUUAAUGUUAUUAUAAAUUAGGACUUUAACUUCCGUGCACUUGGGCUAUUCUUUACUGUAGCAUAGAAUGAACCAGUAAGGUGUUUUAAAUUGAGAAUAUUAUUUGCUGACAGGAUGGCUUUUAUGGUUUACACGCAGUUAGCUUUGAAUAAUAGCUGUAGCAUUUUGGACUUUAUACUGCAAAGGGCUUUCUGUGCAGCUGAUACCGCGUUAAGAAAGAAACAGCCUUGACAUGACAUUCCACUAUAUGCUGAAACAGACAAGAAAAAAGUAAAGUGCUGUGAUGAACCGGGAAAUGGGUGUAGAUGGUCCCACUGUAGACUUGGGAGAGUGACGCUAACUUGUACAGAUGUAAAAUAUUCAAUUUGCACUGCAUAGAUUAAAACCUGACCUUAACCCGAGGUGAGGGCAAGCAGAGACCACCUCAGAAUAUUAACAACAUACAGUAGUUUUUCCUCCAAAACAAAAAGAAAUUCUCAGUUAUUUAUUUUUGUAUUAUUAAAAUUUGGUUUGCAGACAGUGUAGUUACUUAGCAUUUUUGUGACUAACAAUCCCGUUUCCCUUUUGAUCCGUCUGUUUUAAGGGUUUCCACCCUGUACCGACUUUGUAAAUUUGAUCUCCUUAUGGCAGAGGAUGUACAGAAGAGACUGUUCUUUACCAAUAGAUUAAGUGAUCUCUUACCGUCCUGUGGGAAGGAAUUGAAUGUCUACACUUCAGUGUGCUGCAAUAAAUGAAUUUGUGAACUGAUUGAAAACGAAAUGUGUCCGUAU